UUCCACUUGACUAUAAUCUUCUAUAGUCCUAAUAAGUAAUAAUAAAACAUUCCCAAGUCCACAGGAAGGCAGAAGUAUGCAGCAUUUAACAGGAAGCUUCCCUGCAUUGGCCACCUCUGAUGCCAGGAAAAGAUGCAGAGCUUACUAAUGGAUCUUCUACGGAGAUCAUCGUUGUUCGUCAUGGUGAAACUGAAUGGAAUGCUCUUGGCAAAAUGCAGGGACAAAUGGACAUUGAUCUAAACAACGUCGGGAGACAACAAGCUAUUACAGUUGCUGAGCGACUGUCGAGGGAGCCAAAUAUAUCUGCUAUCUAUUCAUCUGAUUUGAAGAGGGCACUUGAAACGGCACAAACUAUAGCAUCCAGAUGUGUUGGACUUCAGGUUAUAACAGAUGUAGACCUGCGAGAAAGACAUAUUGGGGAUCUUCAAGGACUUGUAUUUCGCGAAUCAUCCAAGAUUAAUCCUGUAGCUUUUGAAGCAUUGAAGUCGCCUAAAUCAGAUCAAGAAAUUCCGGGUGGUGGUGAGAGUCGGGAUCAGUUAUAUAAAAGAUGCACAUCUUCAUUGCAAAGAAUUGCUGAAAAACAUAGAGGGGAGCGAGUAGUUGCAGUAACUCAUGGGGCUGUCAUAGAAAUGCUAUACAAGCGAGCUAUACCUGGUGGAAAAGCUGGAGGAGUAAUGAAUACGUCUGUUAGUAUAAUUCAAUUGUCUAAAGAAGAUGUUUGGUCGAUCAAGCUAUGGAAUGAUAUCAGUCAUCUCAAAGAAACAGAAUUUCUGGAAUCAGCUGCUGGUGGAAGUGAUUCUUCGGGCUAGCUACCUCAUCAUGGUACUUGCAUUUCAAAGAGAAUUUGACGUACUUGAUUAUUAUUAGCAUGUUUAUUAAUAACAAACUCUAAUAGAUCGCAAAUAUAUGUGGCAUGAGAGUGUUUACUACUAUUUAGAACCCUAGUUUGAAACAUUUUUGAAAUAGAGAGAUACAAAUGGUGGAAUGUGUAUCUAGUUUAAUCAAUAAUACUCUUAGGCUAUGUUUAGUUCACCUGAAAUUUUCUGAUCUGAACUUAUCUGAUCUGAAUUUAUUUUUUCUGAUAUGAUCUGAACUGAUCUGAACUGAUCUCAUCUGAUCUGAUUACAAGAUCUUAUCUUUUAGAUUUUUCUCAAUAUAUAAGAAAAAUUAUUGUCAUA